AUGGUUGAUAGGGUUAGCAGUUUACCAGAUGAAGUUCUCUGUCACAUUCUCUCGUUUCUUCCAACCGAAGAUGUUUUUGUGACAAAUCUUGUGUCCAAGAGAUGGAGACCACUCUGGCUUUCAGUCCCUACUCUCGACUUAGACGAGAUAAGAUGUAGUCGACGUGAUAUACGUUUGGUAGGAUCGCACUCUUCCUUUAUGGAAUUCGUAGACGCAUCCAUUCUCAGACGAGGUAUUCACCAACCCAUCAAAACUCUUCGCCUUCAAUGUCGUUGGCGGUGUCCAGUUUUCAAAGUUAACGAAUGGUUGAAAGCCGCAGCAGACCGCAAAGUUGAGAAUCUUCAAUUCUAUUGUUCGGCCAAUUGGCAGUACUUGCCAUGCACCAUUUUCAGCAUCACAACCCUUGUUGUUCUCAAGUUGCGACGCGUGGAUUUUAGGGGGUUUUCUUCUGUUGAACUUCCCUCACUCAAAAGUCUGCAUUUGGACGAUCUUAGAUUCUCCAAGACUAAACAUUUAAUAGAGCUUCUUAAUAGUUUUCCCAAUCUUGAAACUUUGGAAGCAAAGGAUAUAUGGUUUCAUUUUGAUGACCCUUCAUUUAAGGGUAAAGGGAAGCUUAAACCUUUAUCAAAGCUUGUCAGAGCAGAUCUUUCUCUCAAUAUGACGAAGAAGCUGGUAAUUUAUAAUAUUGAUGAGUUUGUCCUCGAGUUCGGCGAUGCUGACAUUCCUAUAUUUCCCAAUUUAAUCCAUUUUGAGCUCAUCUUGGAAGGCAUUGUUAAAAUGGAAGCGGUGCUUUAUCUGCUCAAUCAUUGCCCUCAACUUCAAACUUUUGUCCUUGUUGUAAAGUCUUCAAACAUGGUUUGGCCAAAUACACCUGUGGUUCCUGAAUGCUUUUCUUCACAGCUCCAAACCUGCACUAUUUAUGAAGGUGCAGAAUGUGAGAUAACAUUUGAAGAGCAAUUUGGACCUGAACCCAGUUUGAAGAACAUGGGUGAAGCAGAUGUUAUAUCUGAGAUAACAAACUAA